AACCCGCUCCACUGUCUGCCUCAAACUCCAGCAGGACAGAAAGCCUGAACUCCACAUUCACAGCCUCAGUGCAGUCUGCGCAGUUUCUGCCAGAGGACACAUCUCACUGCUUUCACUUCCAUUAGUCCAAACAAUGUGAGGAACAUGGCUGACAGAAGGUCUGACUGGGUGGAGAUCGUGGAGCCGCGCUCGAGGGAGCGCAUGUAUGUCAACCUGCUGACCGGCGAAUGCGGGUGGGAACCGCCAUCCGGCGUCCCUGUCCGUCAGUCAGACGGCAACCAGUGGUGGGAGCUUUUCGACAGCAAUAACAAUCGGUUCUACUACUACAACUGCACAAGCCAGCAGACAGUCUGGCAUAGGCCUCAAGAGUGUGACAUAGUGCCUCUAGCGCAGCUCCAAGCCAUGAAGAGGAGCUCAGAGGUCGAGCUGGGGAGUCAAGGAAGGAUCCAGAGAGGACCGGCGGAUGGCAAGAGGACACCCCAACCCGGACUGGGGUCGUCUUCACUGGAGCAUGAGAGUGAAAGGGAGACGCCAGCGUCCAAGGGUAAAGGAGACAGUCUGGAGAAAAGGAACCAGGGAAAUAGGGAAGGCUCUCAAAGAUGGCAGCCUGCUCCUGGAUCCAAGGCUGCCAUGUUGGUGAAAGUUAACAGCAUUGGGAGAAACCAGUCUUUGGGUCCAGCUACUGCCCACCAACUUCUCCACCUCAACCCCGCUAACUCUAGCACUUCACCGAAACCAGGUUACACCGCGCAACUUGACCGAACUGGUCUGCUCAGCAAAAUGGCCGUUCCUGGAGACUCCAAGCAGGGUUACCACCUCAAAAAGGGGGAUGCCAACUUCUGUCUGGUUUUGCCCACUUCUAGCUCUUACUCUGCCCACCAGCGCUCUGGUGCAGGUACACCUCGUCCCUCCUCUCCUCAAUACGGAGCUACACCCUCAGCACCCAUCUACGAUGAACCUCCAGCCGUGGAUCCCCCCAUUUACGACGAACCCCCAGUGGAAAUGGAAGUAGAAGGGGCGCACCAUUUGCACCGAGUUCCCUACUCCACCAGUCACAGCCUGCCGAGAGGAACCCAGCCUCCUAAACUCCUCCAGUUCCCCCAUUCCAAACACAUCUGCACCUCCUCAGCUAAUGAAUACAGUCCGGCCGGCCGGGAGUGCAUCAAACACAUGGUGAAUGUGGAUGCAGCUGCAUCCAAACACCAGCCCCAGAUGUCUAACCCCAUCGAGGGGCCUUCAAAUACAGCCAGUCCUCAAAUUCAGCCUCAGUCUCCAGUCUCUGCCCAGAUUAAGAAGGAAGUGUCUCUGGAGAAGAAGCAAUCAUGGAGGCUGUUGGAGCCCCGCCACAGCCGUCAAAGCAGUCUGGCCUCUCAGGAGUAUUCAGGCCCUGCUGCCAUCACGUAUCAGGACUCUGGCUACUCCACUGGGCCGUCCCCAAGUCUGCGAAGGAAGAACCGACGUCGUGCAGCUCUUGGCGCCGGGUCGGGUCGACCCGGGUCGGUGGGCAGCAGUGGGGAGCUGAAUGCAUUGAAUGAAAAGCUGAUGGCGGAAAUGAGGGCGGUUGUAAACCGUUCCAAUGCGCUUCAUGGAAGCAAGGCCAGCCUGGACACUGAGAUGGGCUCAGAGGCUUCUGGAAGUACUGCCCGCUCCCCGGUCAGUUCAUUGAAGAUGGGUGCAAGAGGGGGUGAAUCGAGGGAGGAUGUGACAUCAAGUAACAGAUCACUGUAUAGAGGCGGAAGCAACAACCACGGUGACGUCGUACUGUCACCACUGGUGACAGAUGGUCUCGGAGGCCGGCAAAAGAGGACGUACGAGAAAGUGGAUUCGCUGGAGAAGAGCGUAACAUCGCAAACCAGCUUGUCCUCUCCAGAACCACCAAGGUCACCCUCACAGACAGGAACACUGGAAUCCAAAACUCAGCAGGACAUCUCGCCCCAGGAUUGCGACCAUGACAGGCCAGGUCGUGGAACUGCCCACCUCACCCAUAAAAACAACAACAACAGUCCCCCUCUAUCCCUUGCCGGCACGGGUUCCGGUUACCAGUACCCGUACACCACCCUCUGCAAGCCUACACCCGACACCAACAUGGAGGACUGGGCCAGCAAGAACCUUAACCAGCACACGCAAGGCCUGUUUCGCCGACGCGUCUCCAUUGCUAAUAUGCUGUCGUGGAACCGUGGCUCUAUUAAGAAACCCAUGCUGAUCACCAGCGACCGGUCUGUCAAGAAGGAAGCCUGCGAGAUGUUCAAGCUUGUCCAGGCUUACAUGGGCGACAGGCCGGCUAGGUUGGACAAACGCCAUGCGGCUCUUCAGGUGGUCACGAAGUGCUGGGGGAUGCAAGGCUUGAGGGACGAACUGUACGUGCAGUUGGUGCGACAGACCACUGGAAACUUGUGCUUGAGGAGUUUGGAAGCAGGCUGGGAGUUGAUGGCCAUCAGCCUUGCGUUCUUCUCACCUUCGCCCAAGUUUAGGCGCUAUUUGGAGGGCUACAUCCAGCGACACCUUGAGCCCAGUAAUGAUAAGAAAAUACUGCAGCACAUCAUGGAGCAGCAGGACAUAAAAAACAAGAAGAAUUCAAAGUCCAGGAAGAAGAGGAGACAGAACAAUGAGGAAGAAGAGGAUGAGGGUCUUCCCAUCAGCACUUACGCAAAGUACUGCUACCGCAAGCUGCAGAAAGUGGCCAUUACUGGGGGCAAGAAGGGUCUGAGGAAGCCCACUCUGGAGGAGAUUGAUCAUGGACGGAACGCCAUUGUGACUCCGUCUCUGUUCGGCAGCGCUCUGGAGGAGAUCAUGGAGAGGCAGAGCGAGCUCUUUCCUGAGAGGAAACUGCCCUGGGUACAGGUGCAGCUCUCUCAGUAUGUGCUGGCCCUGGGUGGAGCCCAGACGGAGGGCAUCUUCAGAGUACCAGGGGAUAUUGAUGAGGUGAACGCUCUCAAGCUACAGGUGGACCAGUGGAAACUUCCAGACAACCUCUCUGAUCCCAAUGUCCCUGCGUCUCUGUUGAAGUUGUGGUACAGGGAGCUGGAGGAGCCGGUGAUUCCUCAGAGCUUUUAUAAGCAGUGCAUCAGUCACUAUGAAGACCCUGACGCAGCUAUCAGUGUGGUUCAGUCGCUCCCAGAGCUCAACAGACUCGUGCUCUGCUACUUCAUCAACUUCUUACAGGUCUUUGCGCAACCAGUGAAUGUGAGUAGGACUAAGAUGGACGUAAAUAACUUGGCAAUGGUCAUGGCUCCAAACUGCCUGCGCUGUCAGUCAGACGAUCCUCGAAUCAUCUUUGAAAACACACGGAAGGAGAUGUCCUUCCUCCGCAUACUCAUCGUCCACUUGGACACCAGCUUUGUCAAGGGCUUAAUCUAAGAGUCACGUUUUAGCUCUGAGUCAUUUGCGUGAAUCAUCCAGGAGAUGAUGGGAAUCAGGACGUUCUUCUGCUCAGAGAAUCAUCUUUAAACAUCAUAAUAUUUGACUAAUCCAGCUGUGGCUCAAUGUGAAUCAUCCUGAACUUGACUCUUAUGACUCUUCUCAAAGCCAGACAAGCUAGACUAAAACUGAUUCCACAAGAAAACAAAUGCAUGACGUUUCAUGGAUUUCGGGUUUGUUAUUUCUUCUGUCUUUUAUAUUGAUUCGCAGGGAAAUACAUCCAUCGGACAAUCGUAAUCGUAAUAACACAAAUGGAAUAUGACCCGCAGCAUAUUUCCUUAAUUUAAUAUGGUAUGAGUGUUCUGACAUUGUUAUUUAAUAGCAACCGUUCGUAAGCUCAAGUAUGAGUGCGGUGGAGAAUAACUGGCUUCAGUUUUGUAUGCAAGGCUGAGCGUAAGCAAGAAAAGGUGAAUUAAUAUUGCAAAGCUUUGGAGCACAAAGAGCUCUGAAAUAUUUAGCUUGAUGGUCAAAGCUUGAGGUCUGGUGCCUUACAUGGAGAACGAUCGCUGAUGUAUGAGAUGCAUAAGUGCCCAUGUAUAUAAACACACCCUCCAUGUUUCUGCAUUGUCAUAGACUUCAAAUGAACCGGUACCAUGAGCAAUUUCGCAGUCCCUCACGGUAGUUUUCCCAGUCGUCCCAUUUGGAAAUUGAAAAAUACACUUCCAGAUGUGGUUUGGCUACAUCAGAGAUGAUUACGAAGAACUAAACUGCUUAUUGGUCCACUGAAAGUUGUCCAAAUUCAUAGUAUUCAAAAAACAGCAGGCGAAAAGUAGCCGGAUUACCUACUACUUCUGAAGUGUGCAUCCGAUGGACACUUUACUAUCCCAUGAGGCCACGCAAGAUGAUUUAUGAAUGGCAGCAAAAUGACACAACUAGCACAGGUAGAUCAUGUGACUGUAGCAACAUGGCGGAUGUAUUACAUCGUAGGCUGCAUCCGAAAGCCUAAGCAGCUGACUUGCUGCCUCGCUGCCUUAUCAGGCAAUGACUUUCCAGGCAGCGUUUUUCCACAAAAGCACCUCGUGAAAAUGACUUCGGACAUGGUUUCUGAGGCAGCGUAACGGUUUAAUGAUCUACAAUGAAAUAGAACAAGCUUUGAUGAUAACUAAACAAAUAUUUAAUUACUAUAAUACUGAUUUCUCACUAGAAAUGGCAUCAAAGUUAGUCAGAAAUACACAUUUACACACAAACUAACCACCAAAUGCAUCUUUUAGAUGCCAUCUUUAUUCUUUUAGCCCAACUGUCAUGUAAUGG